GGUGGGGAGGAGGAAAACAAACCACCCUCCUCUCCCCUGUCCGAGUUCAUUCAGUCUCCUGAGAGCUGCGACAGGAGACGCGUGGAACACAUGGAGUUGCCACUAUCGCGAGCUGUCCCGAACUGACCAUCAAAAUGGCGAUUGUCCACUUGUUGCUGCUUUUGGCCGCUAUGGCAGCGCGCCACCUGGUCUCCGGAGGUUGCCUGGGUAAGUGCUGCAGUGGCCGGGACGCGAGCUGCACCUCCACUGAUUGGAGGAUGGACCGCGUCCACGGGACGUGCUACUGCGACCGCGGCUGCGCCACCACACGGGACUGCUGCUUCGACUACUUCUCGCACUGCCCAGCUCAGGCGUGUUCCGUGAAGGCUUGGAGCUUCUGGAGCGGCUGCGCAGAGCCGUGCCGGCCCUCCCGGCGGGCACGGGUGCGGCACGUCGCCGAGCGGCCCGCUAACGGCGGCGAGCCCUGUCCGGCCCUGGAAGAGCGGGCCGGCUGCAUGGACUACAGAGACCGCCGGGGAAACCCGUGUGGACUUGACACAGGGCCUGCAUUUAUCACCAGCCUGGAGUUUGGCAAGGGGAGGCCCGUGAGGGACACCUACGGGAGCCCUCUGGAUGCAGGGUUCUGCGUGGAAUUCUCCCUGGAGUCACGAUCCCCUCACUGCGCAGCGGAGAACCGGCCGCACACGCGCUGGAUGCGCUACUUCGCCGAAGGCUUCACGGUUUGCGUGGCGUGCCGGCCGCCCGCCGUGCGCAAUCACAGCGGUGGUUGCCAGGGAGACGGCCGGGAAACGGACAGGGAUGCUGUGCUGCAGUGGCAGGCGGUGGGCAACCCCCGGUGCAGCGGCACGUGGCGCAGGAUCCGCAAAACGCAACAGUGCAACUGCCCACCGCAGCACAGCUUCGUCUUCAUCUGACCAAGGACCACCUGAACUCUUCCAAGGCGGGCGUGGGCAACCAACAAAGCAUUUGACCCGAGAAGUGUUAAGGAAAAAAAAAAAAAGCCCCCAAAACGCGAAA